AUGGCUGAGUUGAAUUUGGGGAAGGGGCUGACUGCGGGGAAAGUGGCCAGCAACGUGCAGAAAAAGCUAACCCGAGCCCAGGAGAAGGUUCUCCAGAAGCUUGGCAAAGCCGAUGAGACCAAAGACGUUGCCUUCGAGGAGGGAGUUAUCAACUUCGGCAAACAAUAUACCGAAGGCAGCAAACUGCAGAGGGACCUCAGGGCGUACCUGGAUGCUGUGAAAGCCAUGCAUGAGUCCUCCAAUAACCUGCAGUCCUGUCUGGCUGAUAUGUACGAGCCGGAGUGGCAAGGCAAGAACGAGGUGGAUUCCAUUGUGGAGGACUGUGAUGUGUUGUGGACGGAUUACCACCAGAAGUUGGUCGAUAAUGCCCUCAUCUCCAUGGAUACGUACCUGGGCCAGUUCCCUGACAUUAAGGCGCGUAUUGCUAAGAGAGACAGGAAACUGGUGGAUUACGACAGCGCCAGGCACAACUAUUCAGCCACACACAAGGCCAAGAAAAAGGACGGGGGCAUUAAAAUCACCAAGCCUGCAACUUUGUUGGAGAGGGCCACUCCAGGUUGGGCUCAGGGAAUCCUGUCUGCACACAACGUGGCCCAGAGCAGUCUGUCCAGGGGCCAGGCUGAGGAAGAGUUGGAGAGAGCCCAGAAGGUAUUUGAGGAAAUUAAUAUUGACUUGCAAGAGGAGUUACCUUCACUCUGGAACAGUCGUGUUGGGUUUUACAUCAGCACCUUCCAGAGUUUGUCCGGUUUCGAGGAGAAGUUUCACAAGGAAAUGAGCCGGUUGGAUCAGGAUAUGUAUGAUGUCUUGGUGGAUUUGGAGAAAACAGACACAACCAGAAAGACAGUUAACCGUGGCCCCUCAACGUCAGGAGCAAAUAGGAGUGGCAAAGAACCAUCUAACCACACUCUCAGGCCAGGAGGACCUCCCCCGAUCCCAAAAUCUCCUUCCAAGCUAAGGCCAGCAAUGCCUCCUCCACCCAAGUUGACCCCGUCCAUUGAGAUGAAGACAGAGAACAUCAUCAACCUGUUUGACGCUGCAGCUGCUCCUGAUAUCAGUGUCACCUCCCCUACAGAGUUUGACGGUCCUGCAGUGAGCAGCCUGUUGGACAUGGACCUGGACUCUCUCAGUGCGGCAACCGAAGCCUCAGUGGUCAAACAGCCUGCAAACUGGGACUCAUGGUCUGAGGACAGGGCUGACGAGGAAGAGGAGACCCAGAAGCACUAUGACCCUGUGGCUGCUGCUGCAGAGGCCUGGGGGGAUGAAGGUGCGCCCCCUGUCCGCUAUGACCCCAUAGCAGCGGCCACAGAGGGCUGGGGGGAUGACGGGAUCCCACCGGCUCCCUGUGAGCCUGUGGCUGAGGCUCAGGAGGGAUGGGAGGAGGAUGAGAGCCAGUCGGUUCAUUCCGACCACGUGGCUGAAGCCCAGGAGGGCCUGGACGAUGAAGAGAGCCAGCCUGUCACAGAGGUGCCUGCUGACAAUGAUGAAACACCUGCAGCCGAGGCUCCAGCUGACACUGUAGAGGAAGAGGCAACCUCAGCUGCCACCUCCCCAGUUAAUGAAGAGGGUCAGGAUGAGUCUGCAGAAGCUCCUGCAGCAACGGCAGACAAAGAAGAAGAAGAAGCAGUGGUAGAAGAGACACCUGCAGUAGAGGCAGAAUCAACAGAAGCCGCAACAGAACCUGCAGACAUGCCUCCUGGAUUUUUGUUCAAGGUGGAGGUGAUGCAUGAUUACGGAGCCAACGACACAGACGAGCUGGAGAUGAAGGCUGGAGACGUGGUGCUAGUGAUCACCUUUGACAACCCUGAUGAACAGGACGACGGCUGGCUGAUGGGAAUGAAGCAGGACGACUGGCAGCAGAACAAAGAAAACUCCACUACAGGAGUAUUCCCCGAAAACUUCACCCAGAGGCUGUGA